AUGUGGGACAUCUUCGUCCUAGUUCCAGUCCAAGCCAAACAACUCAUUCACUUCUUCACACAGAAAAACAAAAGUAAUGACCACAGAGAACCAAAAUACUUCAAUCUAGAUAAUGAGGAAAUCGAAAUAGCUGGUUUCUUUUCUCCUUCCCGGGGGUGGGCUGGGACAUGGCGAGCUCGGCUAAUACAAAACCCCGUGCCCAAACUGUAUAGGUCAGUGAUUGAAGACGUCAUAAAUGAUGUCCGAGAAGUCUUCCUGGAUGCUAGCGUCGAUGAGCAAGUCCUUGUGGAACUGAAAACACUCUGGGAGAACAAGCUGCUCCAGUCCAAGGCUGUAGAUGGAUUUCAUUCAGAGGAACAGCAACUUUUGUUGCAAGUACAGCAACAGCAGCAGCAACAGCAGCAUGCCCAUCAUCACCAUCACCCACAACCGCAACCACAACAAACAGUUCAACAGUCCCAGACUCAGCAAGUCCUUAUUCCUGCAACACAGCAAGCUCCUCAACAACAAGUUAUUGUGCCAGAUUCCAAGCUAAUGCACAUGAAUGCAUCAGGCAUGAGUGCCGCUGCUACUGCAGCCACCCUGGCUUUGCCUGCUGGGGUUACUCCUGUUCAGCAAAUUCUGACAAAUUCAGGCCAAAUUCUACAGGUGGUUAGAGCUGCCAACGGAGCUCAAUACAUAAUUCAGCCCCAGCAGCAAGUGGUCCUACAGCAGCAAGUUAUACCACAGAUGCAACCUGGUGGGGUACAGUCUCCUGUUAUUCAGCAGGUUUUGGCUCCCAUUCCUGGAGGGAUCUCACAGCAAACAGGGGUGAUUAUUCAACCCCAGCAAAUCUUAUUUACCGGAAACAAGACCCAGGUAAUACCUACGACAGUGGCUGCACCUACACCAGCGCAAGCACAGAUUUCUGCAGCAGGGCAGCAACAAGGUCAGCAGCAACCAGCACAACCACAAGCACCUUUAGUGUUACAGGUAGAUGGAGCAGGUGAUACAUCAUCUGAAGAAGAGGAAGAAGAAGAAGAAGAUUAUGAUGAUGAUGAAGAGGAGGAUAAAGAAAAGGAUGGAGGUGAAGAUGGUCAGGUUGAAGAGGAACCUCUCAAUAGUGAAGAUGAUGUAAGCGAUGAAGAAGGACAGGAACUCUUUGACACUGAGAAUGUUGUUGUGUGCCAAUAUGACAAGAUUCAUAGAAGUAAGAACAAGUGGAAGUUUCACCUCAAGGAUGGAAUCAUGAAUCUUAAUGGAAGAGAUUAUGUUUUUUCCAAAGCCAUUGGAGAUGCAGAAUGGUGAAGCUGAUAACACAAAACAAUCUCAAAAGCAAAAAUGGGAAUGGUUGAGACUUGGACAUACACUUCAACAGAAAUCUUAAUCUGUGCACCUGAAGGAACAGUAGAACUGAGACUACUAGGAGAAAAGAAUAGCAUGACAUUGUUGACACCAUUCAAUUGGGAAAGCUGGGCAUUGGUGAAGAUAGCUAUGACUGAAAGCUGGUUUUAUAUUAAUACCUUAAUUAACCACUUCUACCUAUACAUAAAAGUAACUAGCAUGUGAUGCUUAAUUCCCCUUCCACUAAUUUGAAGGAACUCUCUUCUCUUUUGAUAAUACUACGAUGGGAAAAGCUUAGUGUUUUUUGGUGUAUAAAUUGUGCUGAACCAUUCCCUCUGGGAGUGGGGUUGGGGAGAAUCUUGCUUAAACUAUGUGCAAAGUCUCUAACCAACUGGAAAGGACAGAGUCAUCCAAGAUUUAAUUACCUUGGAUGAGUAAACUAUUUUUAAAUUUCUUGUGCUGGGUCUUGCAUAAUUUUAUCAACAGAUUUAGGUCUUUUGUAACUGGCACCAAAAGAUCUUACUUGUAUUGCAAAUUUAAUAGUUCUCAAUCUUUUAAAGGAUGUUGAGCUUUAUAUGAGCCUGCAGAUGGAAGCUGUAUGAUUCUGAUGUCUCAGUAUCCCUGCUGUCUUUCAAAACGUCCUUACAGGAAGAUUGAACAAAGUUAGUAGUCUGUGUGUUGAAUUAUUGCUAGUCAGAAAUCAAUCUUCUGUAAAUAAUUCCACUGGUUAAUUUAAGGUGUAUUCCAUUGCCAAGUGAAUGUACACAGCUGGCAAUGAAAUCAGAAGUUGUAGGUGACUAUGCACUUUGAAAAAGAGUCUACGGCAUUGAAAGAGCUUCCAUUUUCCUUCAGUAAUUAAAGAUCAUAAUGUGAACAGAAUCACAGUAGCUCUAAUAAUUUAACAAGUGAUAACUUAAAUAGCAGAACACUGUCGAAGGUACAUUUCUCUUUCUGUGUGGCUGUGGCAAGGGUCUGUGGAAACUAUGCAUUUAGGAAUGUAGGUUCUGUUCAUUAUGGUAAGGAGUGUCUGAAAUGCAAUCAUAUUUGGGAAACAUGCAUUUCCAGAUGGUAUACCAUUACAGGAUCUAUGUUAUGCAUGCCAGCCACUUGAAAAACAGCAAAUAGAAGCCAGGAAGGGUGAGUCGACAGAUGGGGACUUCAGAGUAGCAAGUACUCCCUUUUCUAAUAUUUAUCUUGUGGAAAAUAAAACUUUUUAAAUAUUUUUGUUAAACAAAAUAGCCAGUGCAAUUUAAUCAGCACUAAGUACUAUUUUUUUUCCUUUCCCUCACAAGCUUUUUUUUAUUCAAAUGCAUCAGUUCUUUCUGUUUGCAGGAAAUUCACCGUACAAUGUAAUUAGCAAUUAGGCUUUCUACACCUAUGGUGUUGCUGAAAUUGUCCUAAUUCAUUGCUUUAUUUGUAGUGGUAUUCAUAAGGCAUCUAACUUGUAUGUACUGUGUAAACAUCAUUGCAGAUUUUGCAAUUUGGUUAUCUUCAUUACUUACUGAACUUGCAAUCUCUGGGUGGCAGUUGUGUCCCCGUCCCCCAGUGCAGUAGAAGAUGUGUGGACAUAAUUUUUUCCCAUUCUGUCAAACAAUGUACUAACAUACCACUACUUCACAUACCAAGUUUGUGACACUGAGGUAGUUUACUAUUUUCCCUUACAUCCUUCUGUACCUUGUGGCCUGUUCACAGUAUAUCUGGCCUUUUUGUUUGAUUAAACAGAGGCUUAAAGUCAAUCCAGAAAUUCUACACUGUGAAGUCCCAGUAGGCCACAGUUACCUGUUUGUUACUGGAAACCAGACACUGUACAAAUGAUCGAGCAUCAUGUACAUAACGGGCACUAAAAAGCGCUGCUUGUCUCUUGCCUUUUUAUUUAUUUUAAAGGAAACCACAGCUUUAAAAGUGACUUAGAUAGGUCUGUAUGGAAGCAGGUGUGGUGUCUUGUAAAUUGAUUAUGGAUGUGCUUUGGUUGAUGAGGAUGUUCAUGAAAGGACCUAGAAAGUUCUUCUCAAAGCCAGUCACAUACCAAACUUGUGCUCUUACUUGCUUCAUCAAGUGUUCCUUUUUUAAAUCAAACCGCAUGUUUUUAAUUUCAUUUUAUUGUAGCUGCUUGCUGUAAGAAUAUAGUUUGCUUACAUUUACUAUUGUACUUGAAUUUUAAUCAUGGUUUUAACAAUGUAAUUGAACUGAUCACUUAACAGAUCACUUUGUUAAGUUUCCAUUGAAAUCAUCAUUCCUUUGGGGGGGUGGCAAGAGAUUCCCACAAUUAGUAAUUCAGCUUUAUGUACACUUGACUUUAUUGUUUCUUAGACAUGGGAUUAGUUUCAUUUAAAUAGUUCAGUAUCUUGACUUCUGAAGCAAUUAACAGUUUCCAAGAAGGGCUUAUGUUUAGAUUUGCACAGAUAUCAGGAGCACCUUUUUAACUUUCAAGAUGGGGAAAAUGGCGAAAGCAACUUCUAAAGGCUUGAUUGAGCUAAUGGGAGAUUUACAAGUAAUACACAAAGGUGAGAGUCUUGUGCCUUUGCUGUCUUCAUAUAUAUAUAUAUGUUUUGUUUUAACAUGAUAUUUAGAACUGUUGGGUUCCUUUGGUAGCUUCAAUUGUAACUUAACAUUUUGAGUCUAAUUUUACUGGCUUUCUAGAAUGUGCAAUCACUUGAAACAUCUAAAUUAAACCUUGCCUUUUAAGGCUUUAGAUACUGUCAUGAAGAACUUUAUAUUGGACUAUUUAAAUUUAAUGUGUAAGGUGACUUUCCUCCACCCCCAAGCUGUGUAGUGGCCGUCUAAGUUGUUGUCUCCCUUGCUCCUCCUGUAUGGGAGCCUGCUUUUUGUCAUCAUUUCCCUGGAAAAGAAUCAUGAUUUCACAAAUACAGUUGCAAUUCUAGCUGUCUUUUCAAGAGGACUGAAGCACAGUUGUUAACAAAAAGCAAAGAACAUAUAACAAUUGAUACAAUCAAACUCAGAUGAUAUUUUUGAAAGUUGUUAGCAUCACUAGAUUUUUUUGUUUCUACUCUAUCCACACUGAUCAGCAAUAAUGUCCCUCUAUAGAAUUACUACUAUAACUACAGAAAAACUAGAUCCAGUGCAGGAGGAAUACAUAGUCUUUUCACAAUGGAAAUGCCUACUCUUCUGCUUGAUAAAAGUUAUCUUGUCUUGAUUUUUCUAAGAAGUCAGCAAAUAUAGUUACUUGUUUGGUUCUCCAUAGUCAACUUUGCUGUUCUGUCUUAAAGUUCUAAACUGAAAGGAGCUAGAUCAGGAUUAAAUACCCAUUUUUAGAAAAUAGAAGAAUCUUGUGGGCUAGUGAUACUGAGAAAUCAAACCAGAUUUCUUGGCUGUGACAAGGCUACUUGCUUUCCUUGAUUUGGAUUUUAAAAAGCAAAAAUUCAUUUUUCAGAGUGUAGGAAUAAGUAAAGGCUACCCACACAUGUAGGUAUAUCACACAUUCAUUUACUCCUGUGUGCCUAUGGUACCACAACAAUUUAGGGGAGUGGGAAAUAUCCUUAGUUGCUGUUCUGAGCUACAGUUGUCAACUGCUGUUGUACAUAUACUGUUAUGUGUAAGGGGGUAAAUAUAUUUAUUAUGUUUGUAAAAUUCAGUCUGUACAAUUGAAGAUCAAGGAUACUUUUCCUGGGGUGUACACGGUGUGUUUCAAAGGCCAUGCUUGGAAUACAAUUAGAAAACUUAGUAUAUUGAUGUACUAAGACCUAUUUUAAGUUUAAUAUUUUGCCUUUGCAAAAAAAUUAAUUAAAGAUGUUAUUUAAAAUAAACUUGCCACUUUUAUUUACUAUUUUGUGUAUUAAAAUACUUUUAUGUGUAA